AUGAUAUCCUCCGAUGCUCUCAAACUCACCCCUUUACUCAAAAUAAUCGCGCCUCAAGAACCUUUCCUCCAUACGAACACAGGGACACAAUCGUCGCGCGACAUUCGGGUGAGGGCAGAUGAGUUGGGCGAGUUAGGAGGCACUUCUAUGAUGGUACACUUCACUCUAUCGAAGAACCGCGUCCCAAUUGUGCUUCUCGAAAGAGAAAUCACGCUCUCGGCCCUAGUUCCAAUGGCCUUUGAGCUUCUCGAGCCAGAUCACGGUCUUCCCGGCCCGAACCAGAACAGACGGCAAGACGAUUUCCGUUUCUUCCUCUAUGUUUCAAGGGUCUAUGGAUUCCGAACGGGACUCGCGGCCCAAACGGUUAACGAUGACAAGUGA